CGCCAUGAGCCGUCCCAGCCGGCUGCAGAGACAGGUGCUGAGCCUGUACCGCGAGCUGCUGCGCGCCGGGCGCGGGAAGCCGGGUGCCGAGGCGCGGGUGCGGGCGGAGUUCCGGCAGCACGCCAGCCUCCCGCGCACCGACGUGCUGCGCAUCGAGUAUCUGUACCGCCGGGGACGCCGGCAACUGCAGCUGCUGCGUUCCGGCCACGCCACGGCCAUGGGGACCUUCGUGCGCCCUCGGGGCCCGCCGGAGGGGCCCGGCGAUACGGCCGCCCGGGAUGCCCCACUGGACGGCGGGGACGCUCCGCGGAGGCCUCGUGAAAGCCCAGAGGUGCCGGAGAGCCUACCCGAUGGACGGUGACCGAGGUCGCGCGGUGGCGCGCAGGCUCCCCGCCUGACAGUGUGGGGAGGACCGGAGCUCAUCUGGUGGCAGGUGAGACUAGCUCGCCGCAUUAGGGCCAUGGAGAGCCCCGUUGUGGGCCGAGAGGCUGAACCUGUCCUGAUGCAUGACGAAUGAGGGGUCACGCACCCCUCAAAUCAAGGGGAGCACUGAUGCCCUCCCCCUCCCUACGGACGAGCAGGGAGGGACGGGGGAUGCCUCUUCGGAGAACGCGCGCACGCACAGGCCCUUGAGGAGCUGCCCUUUGAGGUGUUUAAAGCAGAGAAAAGAAUGCAGACUUUUUUUUUUUUGCUAAGAAAUUUAGUAAGACGCCUUGAUGAACUGCAAGAAGCUCGGGAUCUCCCUUUGGAAAGCUUCCCACAUUCAGUGUUAUAAACCAGGACUGAGGAGGGAUUACUGAUCUCAUCCCAGGUGGUCCUCAAAGACUCCUCAAGAAUCCUUACUGGAUGGCUGUAAGGGGAGAUCCACACUCCUGUGUGCCUUCCCUCAAGAUUGUUCAACAAAGGAAUAAAUUUUGGGGUGUGCUUA